AUGGAGCUGUGCAGAGCCAUUAUACUACGCAACCUAGAAAGUCUCAUUAUGGCAGCAGCACUCAUUGACAACUGGAUCUCAAGAUAUGUCUCCCAAUACAUGUCAAGGGCCUUCCUUGAAAGUCACCUGUUCCGGGUUAUGUUUCGCAACGAACUGCUUCCCGUGAUUGAAAAAAGGAACGUUAAGUACAGCCUGCUCUGGACAUUCCGGAUAAUCCGGGGCCACAGUUCCUCCCUGAAAUUGGAGAAUUUCUUUGAAUUAGCCAACACAACUCACCUGCGUGGCCAUCCUUACAAGGACACAAAUGAACGCACUCUAUUGGACCUCCGAAAAUAUUUCCCCAGCCAACGCGUGGUCCGACCUUGUAACUUGCUACCAAGCGAGACUGUUUCCGCUGACACAAUAGCGGAGUUUAAAAGAAGACUUGAUGAACUUCGAAAGCUUGUUCCCCGGGACUCUGAUGUUAUCUUAGGUGAAUUGCAAAAGCAGUACAAGCAACAACAGCAAGAUAAAGAACAAAUUUUUCGGAAAGAAUUCAUAAAGGAGGAGGAGCAACGAAAUUUUCUUGUGCAACUUCGGCGUCAGGAGCUAAUGCAACGAAGCAGGGCCCUCCGUCUGGCACAAUCAAAAAUCAUGGCAGAUCUGGAGUAA